AGCUGGUGCACCUUCUUCUCAAUUCUUGUCCCCGCACUCGCCACUGCAGUGAUGUAAGCCUUGAAGACUGCAAAAGCGCCGGCGCGAGUAUGAGCGUUUUAUCCGGCUAGAGGUGUGCAAAAAAGGUUGCAACGUUCUUAUACUGACAUGGUGCCUUGCCCCGGUUCUCAGGCAAACCAGAAAGCCUGUUUACCGGAGAAUGUAAGAUGGGGGAAUACACCUUGCGAUACUUCUCACAUCAUCACGACCAUCAUCUCCAUCACUAUCACAUUCAUUCUUCUACAGAUUCCACAGUAUGGCUGCCAAACAAUCUUUACAUCCUGCCGUCGUUGAGGGAUUCAUCUCUCCCGGCGCUUGGUCUUUGAUCGAGAAUAACUUUUCCCAAUAUGCAAAAGAUCUUUUGACAAAAGUCGUUCGCUUCGUAGUGGAAGAAUGCAUGCCCGCUGAAGAAUUGUACGAAAGUCAAAUUAGUACCGACCCUGCAACUCGUUGGAAGAUCGUUCCUUCGAUUGUUGAAGAAUUAAAAAAGAAAGCAAAAUCACAAGGAUUGUGGAAUUUAUUCUUGAGCAAGCAUCAUUACCCUAAACAUGGUGUCGAUUUGACAAAUUUGGAAUACGGUGUAAUGGCGGAAAUCCUGGGUCGUGGACAUCAUUUUGCCAGUGAAUCAAUGAAUUGCUCAGCUCCCGAUACAGGAAAUAUGGAGGUACUGGCAAAAUACGGUAACGAAGAACAACAACGUACUUGGUUGCAACCCUUAUUGAACGGAGAGAUUCGCAGUGCGUUCUCCAUGACUGAGCGCUUCGUUGCCUCAUCCGAUGCCACAAACAUCAGUACUUCAAUCAAACAAGAAGGUGAUGAGAUUGUGAUUAACGGACAUAAGUGGUGGAUUUCCGGAGCAGGUGAUCCAAGGUGCAAAGUUCACUUGGUCUUGGGUAAAUCUCAUCCUCAAAAUCAAUCUGCAUAUGCACAACAUUCGAUCGUAAUCGUUCCGGCAAAUGCUCCAGGUGUCAAAGUCGUUCGUCCUAUGCGUGUGUUUGGUUAUGAUGAUGCACCAGAAGGACAUUGUGAAGUCACAUAUACAAACGUACGCGUACCUGUCAAGAAUUUGAUCUUGGGUUGGGGUAGAGGAUUUGAAAUCAUCCAAGGUCGUUUGGGACCAGGACGUAUUCAUCAUUGCAUGCGCAGUAUCGGAACUGCAGAACGUGCGCUUGAAUAUAUGAUCAGAAGAGCAACAAAUCCAACAAAGAAACCAUUUGGAAAAUUAUUGGCAGAACAUGGAACAGUUGUGGCAAAUAUUGCACAAUGUAGAAUCAAGAUUGAACAAGCACGUUUAUUGGUCAUUUCUGCCGCAAGAAUGAUUGACCUUUACGGCGCAAAAGCUGCUCAAAGUCAAAUCGCUUAUGCUAAAGUGGCAGUCGUGAAUGCAGCUUUGGACGUUGUUGAUCAUUCUAUGCAAGUUCAUGGUGGUGCAGGUGUCUCACAAGAUUUCCCGUUGGCAGGCAUGUGGGCAGGCUUGCGUACAUUAAGAUACGCUGAUGGACCUGAUGAAGUCCAUCUUCAACAACAAGGCAGACGUGAACUCAAACGAUCCGAACAACUUUGGUUACGCUAUGAUCGUAUUCAAGAACGCUCUCAUCAGCUUCUCAAACAAUACAACGUCACUCCUCACCUUUGAGGCUCUUCUCUUUUGUAUAUACUCUGUUUCCAGACACCGUGAAAAACAAUCAUACAUCAGAAGCACUAUCGCGAUCACACUUGCCAGUUCAGUCUUCACUCUUCAUGGAAUACUAGGAACAAAUACAUUGCAACCAUUAUCUUUAAAGAGAUAUGAGUAGGAUACGAUAACAGCUAGAAAAUAUAACAAGAAAAUUAAAGAAAUAUAAAGAGACUCUGUUAGGUCGCACGAAAUACAGGGAGCGUUUGAGAAAAGAUUGUUCUUUGUUGGUUUUUUUAAAUAUCGAUAUCCAUGAUCUUUCUUCCACCUGCACCUUUUGGUGGUGCAGAAGAAUCAACUUCGUUUAAAAGAUCAGCGAUCUUUGGCAAUUGACUUCGAAUAAUUGUUGGUGGAGAAGGUUUUUU